UACCAGGGCAUGGCGUCUGACACGAUUUCUUGAUUUUAGUUUCUUAUUCCACUGCCCGACCUUCAACCGAGCAUACUGAGACAUUAGUCGUCCGCAGUAAGUCCUCGUUCUGCUUUAGCUUAAUUACAUCAGCUUGAAUGGCAUCAGCGGGUGUGAGAACGAACGGCUACGUGAUUCUUCCUCCUUGCCCCCAGAAGUGCCCAGCGUCUCCAAAUUCCGCUCUCUCGUGCUUUGGCGCCAUCUCCGGCGGAAUUCGCGACGGCUGCUCUCGGGCCCUUAUUCGCGUGUGCUCGCGAUUGCCUGACGCCGAUUCCGACACAGAAUCGGAGUGUAACGAGGCAGUCCCUAGCGAUUUAUCAGAAGACCGAAGUACUUUCAGCGCUGAGCGAAGCUGGGGAAACGAGGACUUGACCGUUGAGGAGGUGGAGGGGACACAUCCCGUGGAGGCGCUAGUGGAUGUGAGGGCGGCUCAGCACCAUUGAAAGUCUGGGAAGACGCUACGUCCGCCACUCGUUUAGACGAUUAAUUCAUUCUUAGAAUUAUGUGUCACCUGUGGAUGCUAAGUCUGCUUGUACAGGAAAGUGAAAGCCCUUAAUUAUAACACGCAUA